CCAUGCAGUCUCUUACCCGAAAGUAAGUGCGUGCAAAGGAAAAUAAGAAACAGAGACUCGGUCACUGCCUCUGUCUCCAAUCAUCCACAUUCAUUAUGCCAUGUUACUCUCCCUCUUAUACUCUUUGCCUCCUCUUCCUCAUCAAUUCAACAACAUGGUAGGGUCACUAACAAUGCUCUUGCAUGCUGCUUCUUCUUCUUCGUACUCAUUCCGGAACACUACUUUCUCUUCCAACAAUAUUCGAGAUGUAAAAUUGUUGCAUGUGGAUAGUGUGUAGAAGCAUGAAUAGGAUGAGAGGGGGAAUUGAAGAGAGCAAGGAGAUUAGUCCAAUGUUUCCAAGAUUGCAUGUUAAGGAUGCUGAGAAAGGAGGACCAAAAGCACCCCCAAGGAAUAAGAUGGCACUCUAUGAACAAUUCAGCAUCCCUUCUCAAAGUUUUGCACCAGCAUCAGCAUCCUUGUUUCCACUCCCGCUCAGAAACUACACAGCUCAUACAUCUUCAAGCCACAUCGGUAGUAAUCAAAGCAUCCAGUUCAACUCCAAUGCACCUUCUAUUCUGGCUGAGAAGAGUCAAGCUUUCAAUUUUAGAAGGAGUAACUUAACCAAAUACACGCAAGACAAUUUCAUCAAUAGUAAGAAUUCUCUGAAAGCACUUGAUGGUGAAGAUGUUUUUAUAACUGCUGGUUCUGCACAUGGAAAAAGCUCAUGCUGUAGCAUCAUCCAAAAUAAUAAAGAUGAAGACGGUUGUAAUUUGAGCUGUUCUCUUAAAAAUCUGAAUUCAUUUAGAAAGAAGGUGAAUUCACCUGGUGUGGUAGACCUGAAGUCAGCACAAUAUGGGAAGAUCCAGAUGGAGGAGCUUACAAAAGUGAGUCAAAAUGGUCAGAAGCCAGAGGAAGUGCUCUCGUUAGAUGGUUUCGGUGACAUGACAGAUGCAUCAUUAAUCUCAUUGGUGCAAGGUAGGGAUUCUAAAUCAAUGAAUAAAGAACAUAGAUCUUUGAAGGAUGAAAUUAGAAAUAUUUCAGUAGAUAGCUUGAAAACGUUGCAAGGUAGCAUUGUCCAUACACAUGAAGAACAUGCAGCUUUUGGGGACAAAUUCAACUCAAGGGACCAUCACAUUGAGAAGCCAGCUGCCAGCGAUGUGCACAGAUGUUCUGGAGAGUUAGAGAUUGGUAGAAGGUUCUUCCUUGACAAGGGAGCUGGGAACGAAGAUGAGGAGACAUCGGUUAUGCACAUUUCCCCUGACAAUGUUGUAGGAGCUAUAGGUGAACAACAAUUUUGGAAAGCCAGAAGAACUAUCGUCAACCAACAGAAAAUCUUUGUCAUGCAAGUGUUUGAAUUGCAUAGACUGAUAAAGGUGCAAAGAUUAAUUGCAGGCUCACCCCACAUAUUGCUUGCAGAUAACCUUUUACUUAACAAGCCACCACCAAAAACAUCCACAACCAAGAAAUUUCAAUCUGAUUUUGUUGGUGAAAAACCAUCCUCAGUUGCUAAACUUGACAGUAAAUCCGUGAAGGCCCCUACUGCUGAGCAUGCUACAAACAGUGCAGUUGAGAAGAUUCCCAUUCCUUGUGUCAACAACAUAACCAAAGGCCAUGCUAAUCAGCUGCCAAACUACGGCCAUCAUUUAGCAAACCUUCCAAUAGCCUCCUCGGAUACAAAUUCCAAACAGUCCCCAAGCUAUGUCUACCCUCCACCAGGAAACCAGUGGCUAGUUCCUGUCAUGUCACCAUCCGAAGGCCUAGUAUACAAACCAGUCAUAGGGUCAUGCCCUCCAAAUGCAGGCUUCAUGGCACCCAUAUACGGCACUUGUGGCUCGGUUAGCUUCAAUCCUUUAAGCAAAGACGCUUCUUCAGAAGCAGCUCUUGCUCCAAGUUCUCACCAAAAGUUUGGAAUCCUUUCUGGUUCAUCUUUGCCCCAGUUCUUACCACCACCAUUCAUCCACAAUCCAUCUUCUAUGUCAGCUUCAGCUGUUGAGCAAAUGGGGCAAUCCAAUGGUCCUGAAAACCACAACUCAUGUGGAGAAGUCAAUUCUGCCAUACUAUACCAAAGCUCAUCUAACAUAUCCAGCCCCACAAGCCAAGUGAUGUCAAGAAACAUUUCAAUUCACCAAUCACCAAAAGAUAAAGAACCACAUAGAAGCACAGCUAGCAGUCCUUCCAAGAGGACGAAUGCUGGGGAAGUGCUUCCUUUGUUUCCUUUGGCUCCGACAUUUUGGCAAUCAGAAGAUAGGCACACUCAGGUUGAACUGCAGCCAAGAGUAAUCAAAGCCAUGCCUCAUAAUCCAAAAUCAGCUAGUGAAUCCGCUGCAAGGAUAUUCAGAUCAAUACAAGAAGAAAGGAAACAUUUGUAACUAGUAACAUAGUCUGUCUCGUGACAUGACAUGUCUGUUUAUUCAUGAUAUUUCUAGUUUGACACUCUAACACUGUAUGUACCUAUAACCAUUUUUGUCUGAUAAUAAUAUUGCAUGGGUGGAAGCUCAAGCAGAAGCAGCAUUGUAAAUUCAUGAAAACAGAGAAAAAAAAAAUUUGUACCAAUCACUUGAAGAAAUGCAGAGAUUAGCAGCUCUUUCGGCCUUGUACAAACAAGUUAUUCAAAUUAUUCACAAUAUCUUAACUGUA